AUGGCGGAAUUUCCUGACUUAGGGAAACACUGUAGUUUACAAUCUUGUAAACAAUUAGAUUUUCUACCCUAUGAUUGUGACGGGUGUGGAAAAACGUUUUGUGGUGAUCAUAAAUUUCCAGACAACCACAAAUGUGAUCAGGUGAACAAACAUACAGCCUCAGGAGAUUACAGUGGGGACAAAAGCUACAGUUGUACGUUUGAAGGAUGUCAAGGACGGGAAUUGAUGAAAGUUACUUGCAUGGAAUGUGAGAAAAAUUUUUGUUUAAGUCAUCGUCAUCAAUCUGAUCAUAAUUGUGAAAAACUGGAAAUUAAAGAAGAUAAAACAAAAACAGCUGAACAUGUUCGUCAGAUCAUUGCAUCAAAACCAAACAAAGAUUCAGGUAUGCGUUCCAAGGGAGGUAAGUCAAGCAAGACAGCAGCAAAAGUGGCUUUGAUGAAGUUGAAGAUGCAUGCUGUUGGUGAUAAGGGCAUUCCACAGGACAGCAGAGUCUUCUUCUUGGUUCACCUUCCCAAGGACACUAAACCCAAGUCCAAAGCUAUGUUCUUCUCCAAGACUUGGACCAUAGGAAGAGUGAUUGACAGUGUUGCUGAUUUUAAUAAGAUUGUGAACUCUAACAACACAGGUAGUGAAAAGAAGUUACGGUUAUUCCUGCAUGACUGUGGGGUGUUGCUGGAUACUACUGCAUCCCUAGAGCUCUGCCUGCAGAAAGAAACUUUAUAUAAUGGCAGCUCAGUUAUUCUGGAGAGUGUACACUCAGACUGUUCUCAAAUACACAAUUUUAAAGACUAUAAAUCCUGACAGGAAUUUUUUGUUAUUAAAUCUAGUUUUUAUAAA